UGGAUGAAGACACAUGUGCGAUCCCACCAAACCACCCGACUAGUGGGGGCCGCGCAUGACGGAGACAUUGUACGGUGCAGAGACCACACGUGAACACAGUCAUUCAUCCCUUCUUUUCGGCUUAUGGAGAGAAGAUUUUGGAUUCUGUGGAUGGCUGCGAAUAUCACUAUAGUGCGGCUCCCAAGCACAGAACCCUGUUUAGCUGCUAUAAUGAUGGCCAACCCCGGCACGGUGAUUCACUACGGCCACACUAUUAACCUCACGUGCACUUUAACGGGUAACUCCAACCCCUGCGGACGGGGACCUCGGGAAGAUGUGACCAUUUAUACACAGAAGACGUUACUGCCGGGGACAUUGAAGAUGGAUUCUGUCAUUGUUCAAGACGUUCUACCUCCUCCUGGCGAAACCAGUUACCGCUGCCAGAAAUGUAAACAACUCUGCAUGCUGUCAGUAUAUGCUGGAUUCCCCCCAGAUCGGCCGCGGUCUAUCACAUGUGAGCAGGAGGGAGAAUUGGGAAACAUUUCCUGCUCGUGGGAAAAUGGAAGAGAAACGUUCAUUGAAACAACCUGCACGUUGCAGCUUUGGCAGGAAACACAUCAUGUGACCGUUUCCAGCAAAUGCAGAUCACAAGCAAAUCAGUCUCUCUCGUUGCCGGCGACCAUCGCGGUAGAUGGUAAAUACACAGUUCUGGUGCAGACAAGCAAUGACCUAGGAGAAAAUGUCUCUCUGCCCUACAGGUUCAUUUACAGCGAUGUAGUGAAGCCACCUCAGCCAAGCGACAUAUCAGUGACCUGCCAUACGUCUCAUAAAUGUACGGUAACCAUUCACGCCGAUCAGGGCGCUCAACACUUUCGGCUACGGUAUCGCGUGACCAAGGAGAGCGCUUGGGAGCAGGUGGAGAUCCUGAGGAAUAGAUCCCUGAUCCUUCACGCUUUACGCUCAUUGUCACAAUACGAGUUCAAGGCCGCCUGUAAAUACGUGAUUGACAGAGGAAAAUGGAGCAACUGGAGCGACGUGGUGACACACGAGACCCCGGAAGACGCUCCACACGGAAAAAUUGAAGCUUGGUACAAAUUACACAAGAUGAAUAGUGAAGUCACCAUUUUUUGGAAGUUUGUGAAUCUAUCAGAGUUUAGGGGUCACAUACGGUUUUACCGGGUGAUAUUCCAGGAUAAUGUCCAAAACACCACAGACACAUGGCUGCGCCGGAACCUUACCACAGAAGGGUGUGUCAUAACGGUGUCCGCGCACAACUCCAUGGGGGGCUCCGCUCCUACCGCCAUCAGGGUCACCACUCACAGCCCGACAGGAUUUCCAGCUCCCACCAAUGUCACCGCCAUUACCAGCGGCCCAGAAAGCAUCUCCCUCCACUGGGAAAUGCCCCCUGAGAUGGCGUCUGCCGGAGACCAGAUAGUCGCUUGGGAGGAUCCUACUGGGACAGAUCAAAGUCAUACAAACUGGAUCCUGGUCCCCAAUCAGAAAAGAUCGGUAACUAUAGCAGGUCACCUGAAGCCUCACAUUUGCUAUCGGUUCUAUGUGCACUCGCUGUGGGGCGGUAGAGCGGGGCUUCCUGGAAUCACACAGGGCUCAACACAGCAAACAGCGCCGCUGACCGGUCCUCGAUUUAAAUAUGAGGUUCACAAGAACGCGAUACUGGUCACAUGGCAGGAAAUCCCGGCUGAGAUGCGGAUGGGAUGUAUCACCCACUACAGUAUAUAUCUAAGGCCCCCCUCACAGAAGACCCCCAUUAACAUACCUUCCAAUGGAUCGACUUUCUACCAGUACGAGAUUGGGAAUAUUAAGAAGAACGUCCAGUACUCUCUGGAGAUGACUUGCUCCAAUGAAGCCGGAGAGAGUCCCGCAAGUCCCCUCCUAUCGGCGUAUGUGCAGCCCGAGGUUUCAGAGGACAGCCCCAUGACCGUCGUGCUCCUCGUCGUCCUCCUCUUCCUCGGCCUCCUGAUCACUAUUACGUUUGCGAAACAGAGAUUACAGAUGGCCAUUGUAGCAAGAGUCCUUCCUCGAUGGUGGAGCAAGCCUGUCCCGGACCCAGCCAACUGCGAGUGGGCCAAGGCGUAUACAUUAAACAAGGAAAAAAGGAAGAUUCUUACAAAUGUUACAUCAAGUAUCUCUGACUAUGAAGAGGACACAGAGACACUAGACAUAGAAGAGAUGUUCGGCGAGGAUGAGGAGUCCCCCACAUCUGUAUUUAGCUAUAAACUACACAUUGUAACCCCUGGAAUCACUCAGGAGGAGGACAUCACCCUAAAGGAGGAGGACAUCACCCUAAAGGAGGACAUUGAAGGCUUCACACAUGGUGAGGCAAACAAAUCCCAAGAACCUGAUCAUCCCCCAUUAGACUACCUGAUCCACCACAAGAAAGAACCAUCCAACUACCUCGUCCACCAUGAUAUGAAGUCUGUAGACUACCUGGACCACCAUGACAUUAAACCAUCAGACUUCACCCAACGGGAUAUAGAAUCAUCCGGCUUCCUGGUGCACCAAUAUAUUAAGUUUUCAAACUCAAUAGUCCACAAUGAUAUCCAACCAUCCAACGACUCGCUCGUCCAUGACUUUAAACCCUCUGACUAUUUGGCCCAACAUGACAUUAAACCAUCAGACUCUCCGCUCCACCAGGAUGGUAAAUUAUUGGACCCAAUAAAUCCCCCAGUCUACCUGGUCCACAACGAAAUCAAAGUGGACUAUCUGCCGGCUAAUAUGUUGUCCAUCCUGGAGGACCUGAGAAAAGAGCAAAGCCAACCAUUCCACCAUCACAUCUUCUUCCCAUCAAGGACCAAUAACUCUAUCAGCCUGGACUCCGUGAAGAUCAACUUUCCAUACAAUGUAUAGCGAGAACUGAAUCAGACCGCGCCCGCCUUCAUCUCGAUAGACGUCUUCUUGUUUUAACAUUUCAACCGUGUACUUUAGUUUAUAAAAAAAUAAAAGUAUAAA